GAGGCGGCCGGGAGCUGGCCCGCACUUCCGCCCUCGGGCCGACCGUACUGCUGGGGCAUGGAUGUGGGCUAGAGGCAGAUGUGAGACGGAGUGGGGUGAAGAGCUGCGGGCUGGCUGCUGCAGGGUACAGGAUGAGCACGUGUUGCUGGUGUACACCAGGUGGUGUUUCCACCGUUGACUUCUUAAAGCAUUAUGCAUCUAAGACCUGCUCCAAUGAAUUUCAGACAGCUGAUGAAGACCUCUGCUACUGCUUGGAAUGUGUUGCUGAAUACCACAAAGCAAGGGAUGAAUUGCCAUUCUUACAUGAGGUCUUAUGGGAACUAGAAACCUUACGGCUCAUAAAUCACUUUGAAAAAUCCAUGAGUGCAGAAAUUGGAGAUGAUGACGAAUUAUAUAUAUUAGACAACAAUGGAGAGGCACAGCUGUUUGACUUUACUGGCCAAGACUUUGAAAAUAAGCUUCGAGUUCCACUUCUUGAAAUACUGAAAUAUCCUUAUCUGCUUUUACAUGAACGUGUCAACGAACUUUGUGUUGAAGCACUUUGUCGGAUGGAACAAGCUAAUUGCUCCUUCCAGGUUUUUGACAAACAUCCAGGAAUCUAUUUGUUUUUGGUUCAUCCCAAUGAAAUGGUUCGGCGUUGGGCUAUCCUGACUGCAAGAAACUUGGGAAAAGUGGAUAGAGAUGAUUAUUAUGACUUACAAGAGGUUUUGACAUGUCUUUUUAAAGUCAUUGAGUUGGGGCUUUUAGAAAGUCCAGACAUUUAUACUUCUUCUGUCCUUGAGAAGGGUAAACUAAUUCUUCUGCCCUCACAUAUGUAUGAUACUACCAACUACAAAAACUAUUGGUUAGGUAUUUGCAUGUUGCUGACAAUUCUUGAAGAGCAAGCCAUGGAUUCAUUGUUGUUGGGCUCAGAAAAACAAAAUGACUUUAUGCAGUCAAUACUUCACACCAUGGAAAGACAAUCAAAUGAUGAUAGUGUGGAUCCUUUCUGGCCAGCAUUACACUGUUUCAUGGUGAUUCUGGAUCGCCUUGGAUCUAAGGUCUGGGGACAACUUAUUGAUCCUAUUGAGGCAUUUCAAACUAUUAUCAACAAUGGGAGCUACAACAGAGAGAUCCAAAAUAUCCGGAACAGCUCUGUGAGGACCAAGUCAGAACCGGAGCCAUUCCUGGAUGAUAUGGUGACUUGCAGCCAGAUUGUAUACAAUUAUAAUCCUGAAAAGGCCAAAAAGGAUUCAGGGUGGAGAUCAGCCAUUUGCCCAGAUUAUUGUCCUAACAUGUAUGAAGAAAUGGAAACAUUAACCAGUGUGCUUCAGUCAGAUAUUGGUCAAGAUAUGCGUGUUCACAACAGCACAUUUUUGUGGUUCAUCCCUUUUGUUCAGUCCCUCAUGGACCUAAAGGAUUUGGGUGUGGCAUAUAUACUAGAAGUUAUUCAUCACCUACAUUCUGAAGUUAAAGAUGUCCUCAACCAAACAGAUGUUGUGUGUGACAAAGUCACUGAAUUUUUUCUUUUGAUUUUGGUGUCAGUGAUUGAACUGCAUAGAAAUAAGAAAUGUCUGCAUUUGCUGUGGGUCAGUUCCCAGCAAUGGGUGGAAGCUGUUGUAAAAUGUGCCAAGCUUCCUACUGCUGCAUUUGUACGGAGUUCUGAGAAAUCAUCUGGAAAUGGCCCCAAAGGAACAUCAAUGAUAACAUCUCUGUCUUUACAUUCGAUGCCAUCAAACUCUGUGCAACUUGCUUGUGUACAGCUAAUUAGAAGUCUCCUUAAAGAAGGCUAUCAGCUUGGGCAGCAAGCUAUGUGUAAGCGAUUCUGGGAUAAGCUCAACUUAUUCCUUCGAGGAAACUUGUCUCUGGGUUGGCAGUUGACUAGUCAGGAAACCCAUGAAUUACAAACUUGUUUAAGACAAAUUAUUAGAAACAUAAAAGUCAAGACACCUCAGUGUAACACUAUUGUGGAUCUGACACCUACAUGUAAAAUGCCUCCGUCUUACAAUAAAGAAGAAAGUGAACAAAUAGAGAAGUCCAAAAGAGACAUACACUGUCUAGAAAAUUCUAGCCCAACAUUUCCUAAAGAACCAGUGAAAGAUGAGAUGUGUCAAGUUCAGGAGAGUAUACUAAUUGAAACAACUAGUACUAUAGAAGAGGAUAAUGAGCAAAAUUAUAUAAAGGAUUCAAAACUGGAAGGCCAUCUUUCUGCUGAAUCUUUAAAGCAAAGCAGUGGAAACAUUUUUAUGGAAAGUGCUCAAGAUGAAGUUAAAAUAAGUAGAAGAGAGCAAAAAUCUCUAAAAGACAAAUCUUCAUACCCAUCGAAGAAUUGUGCUUCAAAAAGUGAUCCAGAAAGGGGAUAUGACAGAGGAAUAAUAAUGUCAACACAUUUGAUAACUGACUCUAACACUGUUUCCUUGAAAAAUGUGUCCACGUCAAGUGAGGUUUUCUCCUUAAAGGAUGGUAUUCUUGAAAAACCAUCAAAAACUAAAACUAAGGCACAGAAAGAGGAAAUUUGUGCUAAAUUAUCACAUGUAAUAAAGAAACAACACAGGAAAAAUACAUUGGUCAGUAAUGCUGUCAAUUUAGAGGAAAACCUGACUCUAUCUAACACUGAGAAUUUUUAUUCAAGGAAAGCUGCAGGAGAUAAGGAAGGGGAUGACUUCAGACAUAAUUUCUGUGUGGACUCUAAUACUGUUCUGGAUGAUAAAAGUAGAGAACAAAAAUCUCAUAAAAAAUCACCAUCAAAGAAACAGUUGAAGAAUGAGGAGUUAGAUCUUUUCACUUCCCAUGGAAACAGUUGUCAAAUGCAGGAACAUAUUGAUGAAGAUUUAGUCUCAUUUACAGAAAUAACCAAUACUUUAAUGACAAAGACAUCUGCCUUUGAAGAUCCUUUGAUGGAAGUUGAAUCAAAAAAUAAGGAAGUUAAUAAAAGCACAGAUAAUUUUUCUUCUGACUUGCGAGAACAGACUCCUAGCAUGAGCCCGAAAUCUGAUACUCUUACAGAUUCUCAGGUAGACAGAGACCUCUACAAAUUAUCCUUACUAGCUCAAGCCAGUGUUAUUAAGUUUCCAUCAGAUUCAACUCGGAGUUCUUCCCAUCUUCAAAGAAAAGUAAAUGCUGAUAAAAGAUGCUUCACAGCUAACCAAAAUGAUGUAGGGGAAACCUGCUGUCAACAGAUUAUUAUUAUUUCUGAUUCUGAUGAUGAGGAGGAGAGAGUUCUGGAUUUUGAGAAACCUAGUAAACAAGAUAAAAUCUGCAUUGGUGAAGAAUAUCCAGAGCAGCAUACAUCAAUAGCAAGUAGAAAUAUAGACAAGAAAGUAGUAAAGGAAGAAAGUGUGCCACCCCUUUUGCAGUUUGAAGAAUCUGAUUCUCAGUUUUUUGAAUUUGAGAGUCCGUGUGAAAUGUUCUCAGUUUGGCAAGAUCAGCAACCAGAUAAUUUAGUUCAAAAGGGUGAAAAAAAUUCGCAUUUGACCCAUAUGGGUGAUACCAGAGAUGAUUUGGGCUGUGUUACAGAUCAUGUAUUUGAAGAGGUCACUAAUGAGGAAUUGGAGAAGAAAGAACCUGCAGAACCACAGAGGAAGCAUGUUUCUAUGGACGAAAUUGAAGUUAAAAAAGCUAAGCGAAAACGACUUGACAAGAAUGAAUCAGAUCUUCGAAGAUCUAUAAAUAAUGAGGCCCAGUCUUGUAGUCUUAAUGAGAGAGAUCGGGCAGAAAGUGAUUUGCAAGUUACAGACAUGAAGACUACAACUAACUCAAGUAUACAGAGAGGUACUCCUGCUUCACUAAAAAAAUCUCCUCCAAAGCCUCGUGCUUAUCCCAAACCCAUUAGAAAAGUCCCAGUUUCUAAAACUUCUAAGAAAAUACAGUCAGACAUCAAAAAAGGGCAGAAUAAAAAUUCUAGUUACAUAAGUUGUCGGAUAACACCUGCUAUUGUGCCACCAAAGAAAUUUCGCCAAUGUCCUGAGCCAACUUCAAUAGCUGAGAAACUUGGUCUGAAAAAGGCUCCUCGUAAAGCAUUACAAUUGUCUCAACGAUCUAAAGAUUGUAUAGUGCAAUUACGUGACCAUGGCAAAACUGUGGGGGUAGUUGAUACCCCUAAAAAAGCUAAGUUAAUUCCUCCUCGGACUCUUCCUGCCAAAAACAAUAAGAAACUGCUGACAAGUCAAGAUCUUCAUUUCCGAAAGCAAGUGAGACCCAAAUCACAAAAAAGCAGACAAGGACUAUUUGACUGUAAAAGUACUGAUGCCAGAAGAGUUGGACCACAUGCAGCACAGAAUUCCCACACAAUUGUACCAGGAGGAGAUGGAUUAGAUCAUAGUUACAAAGAAGCAACAGAAGAAAUUACUGACAAUGGAAAACCAUUAAAGUGUGCAUCUUCUGAAUUAGAACCCAUGAAAACAAAGCAUACUUCUCAGGUGACUGAUGAGACUUGCACAGUGAACCAGUAUAACUCUGUAGUGCUAAAUGGAACAGUGCCAACAAAUGAAAUAGUUGUCACUGCUUCGGAGAACCUGCUAGGUGGAGGUGGUCUGCAUAGACAUCCUCUAGAAGUGUCGAUGUUGAAAGACGGAAACCCUGAGUCUGACAGUGAUACAGAAGAUGAUAGUUUAUUUUUAACACAAAUUGACCCUGUAGAUAUGGACUUAUGUUCACAAAUUGAGAAUGAUGACAAUCUCAUUGAUGUACCACAUGGGCAAAAUGCAGUUCAAAUAGAGAAUUCUUUAAGUCUGCCUCAUUUGGAGUCUUUGAGUAGCACCAAAUGUAAGUACAAAGAUUGUGUGGAAACUCAGAAAAGCCAGAGUGAAUAUUGCUCCAAACACACAGAAGCUAAAGCAGCAGAUGACCAUCUAUUUCGUAAACCUGGCUUGCCUCUGUCUGCAUCUAAACCUUCCAGGCGAUACACAACUAAAGUUUAUAGCUCAAGUAGUACUUCACGAAUUGCUAAUCUUUCCAAGUCUUUGGAAGCUACCUCAGCAGUUCCUCUGAAAAAGCAAAACGGAGUACAGUCUACUGUGAAAGUAUCACAACCAGCCCCUCUGGUGCCUACAAAGCCAAUGUAUGAAGUAAAGAAUUUGUGCAAUAUUAAUAUUCUUCGUUUUCAGACUCCAAAUACUUCCAUCAGACAAAGUUACAAACUGCCAUGUGCUGAAAACAGAUCUCUUCCGACCUCCUCUUCAGACAACGUAUCAUCACAGUCAAUCUUGGACAGCUUUAUUAAGGAAGUCUUAAAAUGGAAGUAUGAAAUGUUUGUGAAUUUUGAUCAGUGUGGACCCCCAAUAAGUCUCUGUCAGUCCAUCUCAAGACAUGUGCCUGUUAGAUUUCACGAUAGCAGAGAAUAUUUUAAUGUGUUUUUCCCAUUGAUGAUACUGAAUACAUUUGAAACGGUAGCCCAGGAAUGGCUCAGUACUCCAAAUAAAGAGAAAUUCCAUCUCUUACAUUUUCGAAAAUGUCCUGCUGAUUAUAAAAAAUACUGGGAAUUUGUGGCUUAUCUUGAUGAAAAUGAACUAACUAAGCAGUUUCAUCCAAAGGAAAAUGACUUGAUAUUUUUGGUUCCUGAAAGAUUAAAUGGAGAGAAGAAAGAUUUAGAGAGAAACCGAAUGCAAAAUUUCUAUGACUAUUACUGUGGUUAUGUUUAUAAAUUUCGCCGCACUUCAGUUAAGCGUAAUGAGAAAUAUGAGUGUUGCCUUUCCAUCCAGACUCAAGAUAAUUUGUCAAUCAAUAUAAACCAACUCGUGAAAUGUAUUGUAAUCAGUUCUCUGGUAACUACACAAAGGAAACUGAAGGCCAUGUCUUUGUUGGGUACUCGGAAUCAACUGGCCAGAGCUGUUAUGAAUCCAAACCCCAUGGAUUUCUGUACAAAAGAUUUGUUAACUACAACAUCUGAGAGAAUUAUUGCCUACUUAAGAGAUUUCAACGACGACCAAAAGAAAGCAAUAGAAACUGCAUAUGCUAUGGUUAAACAGUCUCCAUCAGUUGCUAAAAUUUGUCUCAUUCAUGGUCCACCUGGAACAGGAAAGUCAAAAACUAUUGUUGGCCUCCUGUAUCGCCUACUGACAGAGAGCCAAAGGAAGGGACAUUCAGAUGAAAAUUUCAAUGCCAAAAUCAAACAAAACCGUGUCCUUGUGUGUGCGCCUUCCAAUGCAGCUGUUGAUGAACUUAUGAAAAAAAUUAUCCUUGAAUUCAAAGAAAAAUGUAAAGACAAGAAGAAUCCUUUGGGAAAUUGUGGAGAUAUAAAUUUAGUGCGUCUGGGUCCAGAAAAGUCUAUUAAUAAUGAGGUCCUAAGGUUCAGUUUGGAUAGCCAAGUUAACCACAGAAUGAAAAAAGAUUUACCUUCUCAUAUUCAGGAGAUGCAUAGAAGAAAGGAAAUUCUAGAUCAUCAACUAGAUGAACUUUCCCGCAAACGUGCUUUAUGCCGAGGUGGAAGAGAAAUACAGAGGCAAGAAUUAGAUGAAAAAAUUGCCAAAGUUUCAAAAGAAAGGCAGGAACUUGCUUCUAAAAUUAAAGAGGUUCAAGGACGCCCACAGAAAACACAGAGUAUCAUCAUCUUAGAGUCCCAUGUCAUCUGCUGUACUUUGAGCACAAGCGGUGGUUUACUGCUUGAGUCUGCUUUUCGUGGCCAAGGGGGUGUCCCCUUUAGUUGUGUGAUUGUUGAUGAGGCUGGGCAGUCCUGUGAAGUAGAGACUCUUACUCCACUCAUCCAUCGGUGCAACAAACUUGUCCUUGUAGGAGACCCUAAACAGCUCCCUCCUACAGUCAUUUCUAUGAAAGCACAGGAGUAUGGGUAUGAUCAGUCGAUGAUGGCUCGCUUCUGCAAGCUUCUGGAAGAGAGUGUGGAGCACAACAUGAUCAGCAGACUGCCUAUCUUACAGCUGACCAUUCAGUACCGGAUGCAUCCUGACAUAUGCCUCUUCCCUUCUAAUUACAUUUAUAAUAGAAACUUGAAAACAAAUAGACUGACUGAGUCUUUUCGGUGUUCAUCAGACUGGCCAUUUCAGCCUUACCUUGUGUUUGAUGUCGGAGAUGGUUCAGAAAGACGGGAUAAUGACUCAUAUGUAAAUGUUCAAGAAAUAAAACUGGUAAUGGAAAUAAUUAAACUUAUUAAAGACAAGAGAAAAGAUAUUACAUUCCGAAACAUUGGCAUAAUAACCCAUUAUAAGGCUCAGAAGACGAUGAUUCAAAAGGAUUUGGACAAAGAAUUUGAUAGAAAAGGGACAGCAGAAGUUGAUACUGUGGAUGCAUUCCAGGGCCGUCAGAAAGACUGUGUUAUUGUUACUUGUGUCAGAGCAAAUGCCAUGCAGGGCUCCAUUGGAUUUUUGGCAAGUCUGCAAAGAUUGAACGUGACGAUUACGCGAGCUAAGUACAGCCUCUUCAUUCUCGGGCACUUGAGGACCCUUAUGGAAAAUCAGCAUUGGAACCACCUGAUUCAGGAUGCACAAAAGCGUGGAGCCAUUAUUAAAACAUGUGACAAAAAUUAUAGACACGAUGCAAUGAAGAUUCUGAAACUCAAGCCUGUGCUACAACGGAGCCUGACCCACCCUCCAACUGCAGCCCCAGAGGCGUCCAGACCCCAAGGUGGCUUGCCCAGCAACAAACUAGACAAUGUGUUGGCCACAACAUCUUUUGCUUAUUCUCUAUACCACACACCUCAUGACCCCAAGGAAUUUACUGUUACCACAAAAGUCCCUGAAAGACCUCCUAUUCAAGACCGGCUUCGGGACCCAAGGUUGCUGAGGAGAUUGGGCAUGGUCCCAGAGACUGCAGGGAGAUUCUUAGGUGACCCACAGCCCUCAAGUCCCCAGCAUCCUGGAGCAACUCCUCCAUCAGGAGAGCCAGGCUUCCCUGUGAGUCACCAGGACGUGGGGAGAGUGGUGCAGCAGACCACUGACAGAGUGCCUCAUAUUGGUGCUUAUUCCUCAAGUAGCACUGUGUGUGACCAGGAAAGACUCGGCUACAGAAGAGAGAUCAGGGCUUUCAGUGAUGGGGACAAAGAGCGAUACAAUUCCAGGUGGCAUUACUCACAGAGAAACUUUGAAUGGGACAGAAGGAGAUUGGAGGAAGGGGACAGCAGUUCCAAGAGAAGAAGAUUUUUGUAGUAAAAAUGAAUGACAGAUUCCCAACCAAAAGUAUUUCUAUAAAAUUAAGACUAAUUAAUCUAUCCAGUCUUUUUUUUUUUUUUUUCCUCCCCUAGAUCAGUUUGUGUGCUGCUGGAAAAUAUAUCUUAACAUCUUA